GAUCGUCUGGUUGGACAGCGGGCAUCGGGUCACCAGGCAUCAGCAGCGGGCAUCGGGUCACCAGGCAUCAGGUUAUUUGGCUCGACAGCGGGCACCGUGUCAUCUGGCAAGGCAGUGGGCUCCGAGUCAACAGGCACGACAGUGGGCUCUGAGUCAAUUGGCACGACAGCGGGCACCGGGUCAUCAGGCAUUGGAUCGUCUGGCUCGACAGCGGGCAUCGGGUCACCAGGCAUCAGGUCAUUUGGCUCGCCAGCGGGCACCGCGUCAUCUGGCAAGGCAGUGGGCACCGAGUCACCAGGCAUGACAGCGGGCACCGGGUCAUCAGGUACCGGAUUGUCUGGCUCGCCAGCGGGC